GGGCUGUCUCACGCUGGCGUGUCGCCUCGUCAUAAGUCAAUAUAACAAAGGAUUGUUUUAGGGAUAAGCCAAUCUCCAAUUGACAUAUUGGGCGGUUUCUAUUUUUGUAAAUACUUACGCAAUCUUAGUACAGUUUUGCCAAAUUUACAAUGUCCACCAUCAAACAAUAAUUGGUGUUAAUUCCUAUUGCUUUCAUCAUUCAUCCUGUAUUUGGGUCUCACUUUUUUUCCGGAUUUUUUUCAAUGUACUUUACUGUUUGUGGCGUCCCCACAUCCAUUGAUAUUUUAAUUAUCUCCUCCUUUCAAUGGCAUUUUCAGGCCACAGUCUAUAAAAAUUUUCUUGGAUCUUCUCCGGCCGGUAAGGUGUGCUAACAGAUGGACACUGCUUUGAUUCCUUCCGUUUCAUCUCUCCACGAUCACGAUGACCGCCUUCUGGAGAUGGGUUCCGGAGAAUAUGGGUGCUCGCACUAUAGAAGGAGAUGCAAGAUAAUAGCACCUUGUUGUGAUGAGGUUUUCGAUUGUAGACAUUGCCAUAACGAAUCACAGAAUUCGCUUGAAAUUGAUCCCUUGAGAAGGCAUGAUAUUCCUCGCCAUGAAAUCAAAAGGGUGAUUUGCUCUUUGUGUAACACGGAACAAGAUGUGCAACAAAAAUGCCUCAAGUGUGGGGUUUUCAUGGGAAAGUAUUAUUGCUCCAUAUGCAAAUUCUUUGAUGAUGUAUCAAAGAAUCAAUACCAUUGUGAUAAAUGUGGAAUCUGCAGGACCGGUGGCAAAGAGAACUUCUUCCACUGUGAUGGCUGUGGAUGUUGCUAUUCAAAUUUGUUAAAGGAUUCACAUAUUUGUAUAGAACGAGCAAUGCACCACAACUGCCCUGUCUGCUUUGAGUACCUUUUUGAUACAACCAAAGAUAUUACAGUCUUGACUUGUGGCCAUACCAUACAUCUCGAUUGCGUCAAAGAGAUGGAGAGGCAUUUUCAGUAUUCUUGUCCUGUUUGUUCAAAAUCAUACUGCGAUAUGUCUCGUGUUUGGGAAAAGCUUGAUCAGGAGGUUGCCAAUACACCCAUGCCUCAAUCGUAUCAAAAUAAGAUGGUUUGGAUCCUUUGUAAUGACUGUGGGGAAACUUCUGAGGUGCACUUUCAUGUAGUGGCUCACAAAUGUCCAACCUGCAGCUCUUACAAUACACGGCAGACAAGACGGGUAUCUGCUUCGUGCUCUUCAAGAAUGUAGAAGGUAGUUAGAUAUGGUAAAAUACUGUUGGGCUUGGUCAUUCUUGGCGAUCACGGAGUCAUCUGCUGGGAAUUCAGUGAUUCGAUGUUCUAUUCUUUGCCUGCCUGUAGCGCUGAUGUAAUUUUAGGAACGUAAUGUGACUAUAUGCUAAAUCUGAUCUGUGUAAUCUUGGUCCAAAUUUGGCCAAGUUAUCAUUUUUCAUCAUGGGGCUGAAGUUAGAACUGGUGGUAAACAUUGUAGCGGGGGCCAGGGAUGGUUCAGCUUUUUUAAGCUGGCCUGAUAAUUCUAAACUGUAAACUAUUCCAGAAAAAGUUGGAUAAGAAACGGUAAUCUAGAGUAACGAGUUUGGAGGAAAUACUACAAAUUAUUCUUCUCCGAGUCAAACUUACAAUUGAAUAGUUAAUUCGCUGGCCAGGACAAUCCAGCCUUCCAUGUUGUAGCAACUAGGAAGGCUAAAGAAAUUACAAUGAUGAAAUAGUGUACAUUGUGGCUAACAGCCUAAUAGCAGCAGAAGCCUGAAAAAAACAAAAGAGUCUAAUAAAAACAAUGAACUUCUGAUGAAUUACAAUGCCGGCCCAUAAAGAUAAAUCUCUCGGCUGUUAUGUUGUUGAAGAGGCCUGGCAUUUCUUUCUGCAUACUGGGAACC